AUGAUGUUCUGCUGCAAAGGACCCGAGAAAGCCUCGUAUUCACCUCGAACAGAUAAAGCUCAAGUCACGAGCAAGUUGGCGCUGGUUGCCACUCCCUCAGCGUAUCUGGUAGCCGAGAAUGGCGAUGUGGUCAAGGCGUUGGAGCGGUAUGACGCGACAUUGGCGUGGCGGAAGCACAUGCGACUGGACUCGAUUCUGACCAUGCCUCAGACCCACUACGACGUCAUUAAGCUGAACUACACACAGUUUCUCCACAAGCACGACAAGCUCGGGCACCCACUUUACUUUGAGAAGAUCGGCUCUAUCAACAUGCCUCAGCUAAAAAGAGUCGGCGUCACGCCGGACGCGUUGUUCAAGCACUAUUUAUUCGCCAUGGAGUUCAUGCUCAAGUAUGCGGCGCACGAGAUUUGUCCGUGUGACGCAUGUGCCCCCAGUGAGACACAGAAAAUGUGUAUUGUGCUGGACGCGCGUGGUAUCGGCAUGCGCGAUAUGGGCGGUGAGGCGUUCGAGUUCAUCCGUCGGUGCACAAGUGCGAUGCAGUGUCAUUAUCCGCAGCGGUCGUUCAAGAUCUUCAUCGUGAAUGUGCCAUCAUGGUUUGGAAUGGCGUGGAAAGGUGUGAAGCCUUUGUUGAACGAAGCGACUCGCGCCAAGACGAACAUUUUGACAGAGAGCGAGACUGCUGCAACGUUGUUGGAGUUCAUUGACGCUGAGAACUUGCCCGUGGAGUACGGCGGUACGUGUUCGUGCUCUGGUGGUUGCGAGACGCAUUCUUCGUACCAGCUUCUGCAACGAGCGCUGGUUGAGAGUGUAUUGGAGUGCAAGCCAUUCGAGUCCGAAGAAUUGCUUCGUGCGAUCUCGCUUGAGCGCUCUGGUGAGGGCAAAUCACAACGACGACGACAACAUCAGAACUGUUGUUUGCAGCAACCUGUGGUUCCUGAAGGUCGGUAA